CAUCACUCCCCUCUCUCCAUCCGUCUCUGCCCGACCUCGCUUACAUCUGCUCAUCCCCACGAGCAAGGAGAAAACAAGAAAACAAGGCUAGUGUAGCCUCCCUGGUUCUGGCCUGUCGUAUCGACGAAAUGCACAGCCUUUGUUUUCUCCUUCCACUUCUCCAUCCCACCAGCGAUGGAGACCACGGCUGACCACGUCUUCUCUCCCAUGCCAUCGGCUCCAGAGACUCGAGUGGAGCAGAUGAUACAGGACAUCCUCCAACAGGUCAAGCAACAGCUUCGUGCCCAACAUUAUCCGCCUCCGACCGACGUGUGUCUGCUUGCUGAUGCCGGCCAAACCAUUACCUACUUGCUAGAAACCCUCGCCAAUGUCGCCACUGCCUUGAGCGAGGGUACUGCGGCGACUGAUUACAUUGAUGUCCGGCUCGAGGAACCUCCCCAAGAUGGAAGGUUGAACGGCCUCGACAUGGAUCUGGUGGACUAUCUCGAAGACACGCUUGCUGCUCUCAAAACCAUUUCCACUGAUUUGAGAAACACAGCCUUACGCUGUCGAACUGUUUGGCAAGCAGCUCCAACAAGGCCAUCACUCCAGAGACUGCAGACCUGGUCAACAAUAGAUCGGAGCCAGUCGUCAGCAUCAGAGUCAGCCUCACCACCGACAAUCACCAUGGCAAGCAAUAGCGGCAGUAUGCCAGAACAAAACCUGAAAAGUCGAGGUAAGGGUCACUAUAUAUGUCCAGAGGGGCAUAAGUGUACCAAAGGCGGCUGCUUGCCCAACGGCGAGUUGAUUGUCUUUGAGCGAAACUCGGCCUUUCGAAUGCAUCUUGCCAAGCACCGCCGUCAAUUUGUCUGCGAUCUUCCGGGCUGUUCCAACACCACGGGAUUUGCCCGGAUCGACCAGUUGGAACGGCACAAGCAAAAGGUCCCUCAUAAAUCAAGGGCUGAGACAAGGUGA